AUGAAGUUUUUAUUCAUUAUUCAAUUGAUAAUAAUCUAUUGGAAAAAAUUUGCUCAAAAUUCUGAUUUGCGUGUUGUUUGUUAUUAUACAAAUUGGUCAUUAUAUCGUGAAGCUAUGCCAACACUUUAUCCAGAUCAUAUAGAUCCAUUAUUAUGUACACAUAUACAUUAUGCUUUUGCUGAUAUUAAUCCAUUAACAUUAACAAUAACACCGACAGAAGAACAUGAUAUUCAUUGGACAGAUCGAUUAGGAAUGCCACUUUACCUUCGUAUGUAUGGUUUAAAACGACGAAAUCCUAGUUUAAAAAUAAUCUUAUCUGUUGGUGGUUGGUCAGCACGUAGUAAAGGUUUUAAUGCUGUUUUAAGAAGUGAUAAUAAUCGUGCAAAAUUUAUUAAUCAAACAAUUGCUUUUCUUCAAGAAUGGCAAUUUGAUGGAUUAGACCUUGAUUGGGAAUUUCCUGGUUCACGUGAUCGUGGAGCAUCAACUGAUAGUAAAAUUAAAUUUAAUAUUCUUAUUCGUGAAUUGCGACAAGCAUUUGAAGAUGAUGCAAUUAGAAUAAAUAAAACAAAUAGAUUAUUAUUAACAGCAGCUGUAGCUGCUGAUCCAAAAAAAAUUGAUCAAGGUUAUGUUAUUGAAGAAUUUUGCAAUGGAUUAGAUUAUGUUAAUGUUAUGACAUAUGAUUAUCAUGGUAAAUGGGAUCUCGUAACAGGUAUUAAUAGCCCAUUAUAUAGAAGUCAUACGGAAUUAGAAAAUCAUGAAGAUUGGAAAAAUACUAAUUCAUCGAUUUAUUAUUGGAUAAAUAAUGGAUGUGUAGCAUCAAAGAUUAAUUUAGGUUUAGCUUUAUAUGGACGAUCAUUUACAUUAACUCAUACUCACAAUACUUCCAUUGGUGCAUCAAUUGUUGAAGGUGGAGGAGAAGGUAUACAUAUAUAUAUACUUACAUUAAGAAUUUUAUUUAUAAAUAAAGAUAAUUUAAAAUUGUUUUUAGCUGGUCCAUAUACGAAAGAAGAAGGCAUUUUAGCGUAUUUUGAAAUUUGUCAAAAGUUGCGUGCACAUAAUUGGACAACUGAAUGGGAUGUAGAAUCACAAUCACAAUAUGCUUAUUCGGAUACGGGUCAAUGGGUUGGAUAUGAUUCACUGAAAAGUGCAACACUUAAAGUUAUUUGGAGCAAAUCGAUGGGAUUGGGUGGAGUAAUGCUAUGGACAUUAGAUUAUGAUGAUUAUACAGGUUUAUUUUGUAAUCGUGGUGAAUUUCCAUUUACUCGUCGUGUUCAUGAAACAAUGUUUGAUUCAAUAUUAACAACAUCGACAAUAUCGAUAACAAAUGAAUCUCAUACGACAACAUCAAUUCGUACAUCAAAUUCUUCGAUAUUUCUAAAAUUAAAUCGAACGAAUAGACCUAAUUUUUUUCUUGUUGUAGCACCAUCACAUCGAACAAAAAUUGUUUCAGAUUCUCGUAUGGUCAAUCAUGCCGGUGACCAUUUAAAAUAUAAAUUCUUCUUAUUAUUCUUUCUAUCGGUGUUUCAUUUCUUUAAAUAA